AUGCUUGAUGCAAUGGCUGCUAAAAAUCGACAUAAAAUUAUUCUAACAGUAAAUAGUACUGAGCAUUCGAACAUGUUUUCAUCGAAUGGUUUAUCGUUUAAUUCGACGUCUGGUUCAAUUUUCAUUGCAUUUAAACAAGGUAUUUUUGGUCAUAUUGAUCAUAUUUCGAUUAUUGGUCAUCAGCAUAAUAUUAAACAUUACGAAGUGUCGUUUUUUGAUCUUGACAAUGAUAAAAUUGAUGAACGUUUAUUAAAAGUGGAUUGCCAUGAAAAAUUCUCGGCGGAUAAUGUUGCUGCAAUACGAAUUGUAUUUCUCGAUACAAAUGACAAUAGAAAUAUUAAUCAUGUUCAACUAUCGAUUCGUGGCUGUUUCUUUCGAAUUCCAAAAUUUGAAACUACUCAAAUGACAACGAUGACAACAACAAAACGACAUGAAUAUUGUCAUUCAAUAGACUUAAUGAAUAAACAACAUGUUAAAAGUUUAAUUGCUUCGGCUGGUGGUACAUUGGCUAUACCAAAAUUAUUCAAUGCAACACAAAAGGACAAUCACUCAAUAUAUUUUAUUCUUGAAUUUAAAAAAGAUAUCUUUAUUCGUCACAUUCAAAAUAUAUCUAUUCUUACAACGAAUCAUCGUAUACAACAAAUACGUAUUGAAUUACUGGAUGAAAAUCGACAGUUGUUAAAACGAAUUGAUUUAUCAGUAUUUAAACAAAUACUUAGUACAAAUCUUUAUUUUCCAACUCAUCCAACGCAUAUUCAAUAUUUAAAAGUGACCAUCACAAAAGGAAAACCCAUUAGAAAUAUCUGUUGGUCAAUUAUUGGUUGUUUUGAUAGAAUAACUAAAGUUCAACCUACUGAAAAAAUUUCAAAGCAACAAUGGUGGACAGUUAAAUGUCUUCAUUCGAAUAUCAUGGCUGGACGCAACGGAUAUCAUCCACGAAAAUUUUUGACUCCAUACAUUACUGGAACACCUUCGCCCAUCGAUGAGAAUUUUAAAAAUGUAAUGACUGAUAGCAUGGGAAUUUCUUAUUCCGAACGGCAAAAACCAAUUAUACUUGAAGUUGAUUUUCCAUCGGGUAUUGCUGGUCGUCUGUUUGAAGUUGGUAUUAGAUCAAGUAAUGUAUAUCGAAUACUUGUACAACUAAUCGAACUGCCGAAUAGUAUCUUAUAUACUUUAACAUCACCACAUUAUAAUAAAACAGAUAAAAAGAACAGUAAUCCUCGUUUAACAGGAUUUCCACCUGUAAGUUCUUCCGGUAUUCGAGUUAUCCUAUUAGAUACUAUUGAUGGUCUUCCGCCUCGUCGUGUUAACAUUUUUACAAAUGGAUGUUUUUAUAAGAGUUCAGUUAGGUAUACAAGUAUAUCAACCGCUAGACAAAUCAAGAAAACAAUGCAACAAUCGAAAACUACUACAACACUCAAACCAAGAUGUCGAUAUUCUGAAUGGACACGUUGGGGACAUUGUUCAGUUAGUUGUGGUAAUGGAGUACAGACGCGUGCACGGAAUCAACUUUCAGGUAGUGGAUGUAAUGCUGCAUUAAUGGACUAUCGUAUGUGUCAAUUACAACCAUGCAUGUGUGUAUUAACCAAAGAAUUUUAUAUGUCUGCCACCAGUCAGAAAGUACCGGUGAAUGAUAUCGUUGGCUAUUUGAAAGAUGGAGGAAAAGCCGUACAUAUCGGAGAUAUUUUAGAUACUGGCACAAUCGUUUAUACGUAUAAUUGUUCGCAAUUUAUUUGUUCUAAUGUUGGAUUAGAUGUAAAAAAGUCGACAGGUUGUCAACAAAAAUGUGUUUACCUUUCUUGGUCUCCUUGGAGCUCAUGUGAAGGUCAGUGUGGUGAUGAAAAUCGUGCAGGUAUUCAGUUUCGACAACGUACAUCUGUACAGAUUCUUACUGGUUCACAUCUAUGUAAACCAGACAAAGAAACUCGUUCAUGUCAAACACCACCUUGUUUUGGUUCAUGUAUUCUUUCAUCGUGGUCCAAUUGGAGUUCAUGUUCAAAAUCAUGUAAUCUUGGUGGUCGAAAACGAUCGAGAUAUUAUUUAUCUUUUCAACCGAAUUGUACUGAUCAAUUGGAAGAAAUACAAGAUUGUAAUCCUCAAUGUUGUCCGUCAAGCGAAACACCUGCCUGGUCAGGCUGGAGUCCGUGGAGCAAAUGCAGCCAACUGUGUAAUGGCGGUGAACGAAUACGUUCGAGAACGUGUAAAAAUGAUACUUCUCAUUGUAAACAAGGCAUUAUAUGUGAGGGCUCUGAUAAACAAAUUGAACCGUGCAAUACAGGGCAAUGCCCUGAGACAUUGGCAUGUACAAAUGGACGAAUAAUGAGUAAUUGCAGUAAUACUUGUGGUUAUACAUGUAAUACAUUAACAUGUCGUUCGUGUAAUGAACCAUCGAUUUGCGUAUCUGGUUGUGUAUGUCCAAGUCCAUUAGUUAUGAGUACAUCAGGAGAAUGUAUUGAAAUAAAUCAAUGUUUAUGUCAAAUUUCGGAUGGUAAAAUUAGCCUUGUUCAUGGUCAAACUAUGAGCGAUCGAAACACAUGUCAAGAUUGUUUGUGUUCAAAUGGUUGUCUCAAUUGUCGUCCGUCUACAAAAGAUUGUUCAACGUGUGAAUGGAGUACAUGGAGUUCAUUUGGUGUUUGUUCAGCACAAUGUAAUGGAACACAAGCGCGAUAUCGUUCACGUUCAUGUGUUGGCUUAGAGCCUGAAAUCGAACAAGAAAACCGCACAUGUUCAACGAACGAAACAUCCUAUAGGAAAGGUUGUACACAAUGUUCUUGCGAUGUAACUACUGGUCAAGAAACAUGUAAUUUUCGAUGUGCUGUGACGCCUGAUAUAUGUUCAAAAUUAACCAAUGAUCCAUUCGCUACUUAUGAAUAUGUAGCACCGAUCGAUGGUGAAUGUUGCGGUUCAUGUAAUCGAACUAAGAAAAUAGAACCAUGUUCAGUACAAGAAUUGCCAGUCGAACAACUUGUCUAUAACGAUUGUGUGUCAAUAAAUCCAGUACCGCGACAACAAUGUUUAGGUACAUGCAUAUCAGGUAUGACAUGUCGUUGCUGUUCACCCUCGGAAAUAAAUAUGGAACCAAUUGAAAUGCAAUGCCAACGAUUAGAAAAUAAUAUAACAAUUGCUUUCAUCGAAGAAAUCCCAUAUGCAAGAAUACGUUCAUGUUCUUGCAACGAAUGCGUUAAGGACUUUAAAUUAUAA